UUAGAGACGUGUGUGUGAGAGAGGGAGAGAGUGCGUGUGUGCGUGUCGAAAUAGCUUUUUUGUAUCCUCCAUUUGUGCUAUUAUUGAACAGUGCUGUGAAACCGUUCUGUUUGUGUUUCUGAAUAAAACACGGAGCCAUCAGAUGAUUCUGAACAGGACUGCUCGAGAGCUGAGUCAUGUCCGCGCGAGUCCGACGGAGGGAGGGGGAGGGAGAAAGAAAGAGAGAGCGACAUGGAUAGAAAGAGAGUGUGUGUGUGUGUGUGUAGAGGGAAGAAAAAAUAGAGGUGAAUGAAUGAGAGGAGUGAAGGAAAAUAUGUUGGAGAAAAGAGAGAGAGAGAGAGAGAGAGGGAGAAAGAGAGCUACAGUGUGAUGGUGUGCUAAGAGGAGAGUGGAAGGGAGGGGUGUGCUAACGUGGCUGGGGCGGAGGGGGCAGAGCAGACCUGUUAGAUCUCUAGGCUGCGCUCACAUGCAGUUGCCUCCGAGCAGACGGAGAAUAGCUUUUCUCCCAGGAGAGACUCACGACACAGCGCCGUACCUCUCCUACAGACGUCCGCGCUAAGCAGGGAGAUCCUUCACUGACAUGUGAGGCGGAGGCUUGAUUGAGCACAGCAGCAGCGUCCCCCGGCCGUUCACCCUGGAGGUUUGGAAAUCCCUCACUCCAGCAGUCUUGCAUCGGGGAUACAGGGGAAAGCUGGACGGGUCGCUGAGGAUUUUUCCGAGCCGAUGAGUUGCUGUUCACGGAUCCUACAGGUGGCACUCUGAGCAACUGUUGAGGUGUAUAUAACCGCCUUGCCGUUGCACAUGUGAGUCUCAAGACCAGCUCGAAGGUGGCGUGAAAGCAAAUCAUCAGAAAACUCAGCAAUGAAGAUGACACCGAUGCAGAAGCUGCUCCAGCUGCCGGCUAACGCCGUGAACAUGGUGAAGACGGUGCAGGGGGUGGCACAUGGCCAGGAGGAGGCGCGCAGCCCCGUGCUCACCCCGGACGGCGGGCUGCAGAACUGGUACAACGCCGUGCAGCCAGAGGAGCUACGCCACCUCCGUAUCUCCAGCACAACCGGAGGAGGAGGAGGAGGAGGAGGAGGAGACGCAGGAGAGGGGGGAGGCACGCAGGACGAAGGGCUCCCCAGUGCUCAGACGCAACCCCUGCGGCACGAUGAUUUGAAGGAGAUGUUGGACAGCAACAAGGACUCUCUAAAGCUGGAGGCUAUGAAAAGGAUUGUUGCAAUGAUCGCCAGAGGGAAAAACGCAUCCGAUCUCUUUCCUGCUGUGGUGAAAAAUGUGGCCUGCAAGAACAUCGAGGUAAAGAAGCUGGUGUACGUGUACCUAGUGCGCUAUGCUGAGGAACAGCAGGAUUUGGCUCUACUCUCCAUCUCUACCUUCCAGCGAGGACUCAAGGAUCCUAAUCAACUUAUUCGUGCGAGCGCCUUGCGUGUUCUGUCCAGUAUCCGAGUCACCAUCAUCGUGCCCAUUAUGAUGCUGGCGAUCAAAGAGGCUGCUUCGGAUAUGUCUCCAUACGUCCGCAAGACAGCCGCUCACGCCAUCCCCAAACUCUACAGCCUGGACCCUGAGCAGAAAGACCAGCUAAUUGAAGUCAUUGAAAAGCUGCUUGCUGAUAAAACAACUCUGGUCGCAGGCAGUGUGGUGAUGGCGUUCGAGGAGGUCUGUCCAGAGCGGAUCGAUCUGAUCCAUAAGAAUUAUCGUAAACUCUGCAACCUGCUGAUUGACGUGGAGGAAUGGGGUCAGGUAGUUAUCAUCAACAUGCUCACCCGCUACGCCAGGACGCAGUUCCUCAACCCCAACAUUAACGAGUCCCUGCUGGAGGAGAGUGGAGAGAAGGCAUUUUAUGGUUCUGACGAUGAUGAGGAUGAUGAAGAUAAGAAGGCCGAGGCAACCACACUUGCCAAGAGGAAGCCAUAUGUUAUGGACCCUGAUCACAGGCUGUUGCUCCGAAACACCAAACCUCUGCUACAGAGCCGCAACGCAGCUGUGGUGAUGGCAGUCGCUCAGCUCUAUUUCCAUCUAGCUCCUAAAGCGGAGGUAGGCGUAAUCGCUAAGGCACUGGUGAGGCUGAUGAGGAGCCACAGUGAAGUCCAGUAUGUUGUUCUUCAAAAUGUUGCAACCAUGACCAUCAAAAGGAGGGGGAUGUUCGAGCCAUACCUGAAGAGCUUCUAUAUCCGCUCUACUGACCCCACGCAGAUCAAAAUACUUAAGCUUGAAGUGUUAACCAAUCUGGCAAAUGAAACCAACAUAUCUACCAUUUUGAGAGAGUUCCAGACCUACAUCAAAAGUAUGGAUAAGGAUUUUGUGGCAGCCACUAUCCAGGCCAUUGGCCGCUGUGCCACCAACAUCGGGGAGGUGAGAGACACCUGCCUCAAUGGUCUCGUCCAGCUCCUCUCAAACAGGGAUGAGCUGGUAGUAGCCGAGUCGGUGGUGGUGAUUAAGAAGCUCCUGCAGAUGCAACCUGAGCAGCACAGCGACAUCAUCAAACAUAUGGCCAAGCUCACAGACAACAUACAGGUCCCGAUGGCGAGAGCGAGCAUCCUGUGGCUGAUUGGUGAGUACUGUGAGCACGUACCUAAAAUCGCUCCUGACGUCCUGAGGAAGAUGGCCAAAAGCUUCACCAACGAGGAGGACAUUGUCAAGUUGCAAAUCAUCAAUCUGGCUGCCAAGCUCUACCUUACCAACUCCAAACAGACCAAGCUCCUUACGCAGUAUGUACUCAACCUGGCGAAGUAUGACCAGAACUAUGACAUCAGAGACCGCGCACGGUUCAUCCGUCAGCUCAUCGUCCCCACGGAUAAAAGUGGAGCCUUGAGUAAAUACGCCAAGAAGCUUUUCCUGGCCCUUAAACCUGCACCUGUACUGGAGUCUCCAUUUAAAGACAGAGACCAUUUCCAACUUGGCUCGCUGUCUCACCUGCUGAAUACCAAAGCGGGCGGCUACCAGGAGCUGCCCGACUGGCCCGAAUCAGCACCCGACCCCUCCGUGCGCAACGUGGAGCAAGAGGAAGCCAUAGACACCAGUGAGGGGCGGAUCGGUCUCCUUGGAGACUGGCGAGAGGUUCCAGAGUGGACUAAAUGCACCAGCAGGAAGGAGCGGAAGGAGAAGAAGGUGGAAAAGCCUUUCUACUCCGACUCGGAGGGGGAAUCCGGACCCACCGAGUCUGCUGACAGUGAGACGAACUCCAGCAGUGGCGAGGACAGCGGCAGCGAGGACAGCGGCUCGGGUUCAGAGAGCGAAGAGAGCGACGACGAGUCGGAGUCUGACGAGGAGGAGAAGGAUAGAGAGGAAGAGAAGACCAAGAAGAAGAAGAAGAAAAUAGACAAGAGCAAAUCUAAGAAACCCGAGAGCGCAGAGAGUGAUCAGAGCAGUGGAGAGGAACCGAAGAGAAUCAGGAAAGGAGGGAAGGAGCAGAAGAGACUGUCUGAGUCAGAGAGCGAGGAAGACAGCGAGUCUGAAAGCAGCGAGUCCGAGUCCGAGUCAGAGGACGAGUCAGACUCGGAUAUGGACACCAGAAAGAAGAAGACACCUGCAUCGAAACCACCACCUGCGAAGCAGACCAGCAAAAAAGAGAGCAAGAAAGAGUCCAAGGAAAUGUCUCUGCUAGAUCUGGACGACUUUGAGCCCAGUCCCUCACCUCAGGUGACCCCGGUCAGCAACUUCCUGUCAAGCAGCCUGGUGGCAGAUCUAGAGGGGCUGUCACUGACUGACACUGUACUCGCCCCCACUACCAUCGCCUCGUCAUGCUCGAUGAAAAUGUAUGAGUUAUUGCACCGCAUCACAGGAGAGGGUCUGGGGGUUGAGUACUGCUUCUGCAGGCAGCCCUUCAGCCCUGAUCCUAACAUGGUGGCUGUGCAGAUCCAGUUCACCAACAACACCAGUUCAGAGACCAAGAACCUACACAUCGAAGAGCCCAAACUGCAGUCUGGUAUGAGGAUCAAGGAGUUCACCGAAAUCGAGGUUUUACCCGCAGGCGAAUCCGUUACUGUUGUAAUGGGCAUUGACUUCUGCGACUCCACGCAAGCAGCCAACUUCCAGCUUUGUACUCACACUCGGAAGUUCUUUGUGUCCAUCCAGCCACCAGUCGGAGAACUGAUGAUGCCUGUUUUUCUGACAGAGAAUGAGUUUAAGAAAGAGCAAGGUCAGCUGAUGGGAAUGAAUGAACUCUCAGAGAAGCUAAGCCUGGGGGAGAAGUGUCAGAGUGAUCACGUUAUUGUAGAGAGAGUCACUGCUACAGCUAAUCUCAGCAGAGUACCCUGUGGCUCUGAGAAAGAGUGCAGCCCUCCUGUUCCUCCUUCUCCGUCGCCCGUAUUCAGGUUUGCUGGAAAGACGGUGAGCGGCGACAGCCUUGUGCUCGUCACUGUGGUGAAGAAGGAGGCCGGAGAAGCCCAGCUCACUGUGAACUGUGAGAAGAUGGUGAUUGGUACGAUGCUCGUGAAGGACAUCCUUCAUGCCCUGACCCAGUGAUGACUGACUGCAUAGUGUGCAAAAACCUGUAGCUAUGUGUAGCUUUGACUCUGUGUGCUGAAGUUUGACCAAUUUCUGUCAUAUACUACACAAUAUUACACCUAAAAUAACAACUUAUCUCUUAACGAAUUAAUUCAUUAUUGUCCCAGAAGAGCUGAAAUCUUAAUAUGAUCCACAUCGAGCCCUGUGAACGCUCUGUCUACAACGUGACCUUAUCUGCCUUUAUUGAUUUUCUCCUUUAGGUUUGCAGAAACGUAGCAUGACGUGAAACCUGACCCGGUUUUUCACAUUACCGAACCGCAAUGUCUAUUUAGAAAACGUGUCUACUUUGAAUCUCUUUACACAAAUGGGCAGCACAGAAAAUCCAACGUUCCUCUGUUAGUGUACAAAUCCUCACAACUGCAGGAUGUCACUAGGAUAUCCUGCUGAGGAGAACACACGACCGUACACGUCCCUGUUUACACAGUGACGGUCUGAAAUGGAGCGCUGAGGAUUAUUUAACCAGUUUACUAAAGCUACUUUUACUAAGACUACUUCUCCUGGUCAUUUUCAAUGCAUCAUGACAAAAGGAUUUCACUACUGCAAACACAACACGAGCAUUUCAGAAACACGGAUGUUCAAAAACUACUGCGAACACUAAAAUCUUUUGUUUCAUUUAUUUAUUCUUAAUAUAUAUAUAUAUAUAUAUGAGUGGAUAUAAUAAUGUAAUAUUUAAAGUCUGUGUACAUGUACGCUGGUAUCUGUACACACCAGACUGUUGCAAAAAAUGACAUCUUAGCAAGUGGAAAUACCUCGAACAGAUGUCAAAUCUAUCUAGUAUUAAUAAGAUUACACUAAAUGAUUAAAUGUAUUUCAGGCCACUUGUACUCAUUUCAAGCUUGAAAUAGUCUUGCAGAUUAAGCAUUUAUUUCUAGAAAGAAGCGAAAUUAUCUGCCAAUAGAACAAGAAAACGAGUAAUGUCUAGAAAUAGGUUUAAUGAUCUUAUAUUCGGUUUAUUGUAAUCUUAUAAUAAGAAACACUAGGUACAUUGGACUAUAUUAGAGAUAUUUUUACUUGCUAAGACACACACACACACUCCCACCUAGGACUAAUCCACCUACUGGCAAGUUUUUUGGACAGUGGGAGGAAACCAGAGAACCCUGAGCUGUUGCAGUAUAUUUGCACCAAAUAGGGUAUGCGUUAUCCCAUUAUGGGAACGUAGUGUUAGUAGUGAGUAGUGAGUAUCGGCGCACACGCCGUAGUAAUGCAACAAACUAAAAUCCACUAAAUCUUGCUAACAUCAGUAACAGAUUCAGGAUAGAGUGAUAGCACAUUGCAGUCCAUAGAAGAAACAAAAUCUCAACGAUCCCGUGUGGUAUUUGCUAUAAUGUAAAUGUAAAUCACGUGGCUGUGUGAGAUAAUUAUCCUCUCUAAGAACAGCAUUGCUUGUAUUGUGUUGACGAGCUUCCUGUUGCUCUUAAGACCAUGAUCAUUCAGUGCUUUGGAACUUUUAUCGACUAACUGGAUAUGUUCUAGACAUGUGCAACCACUUUAGUAAUAAACUGUAGCUGUAGCCUAAAUUCUAGGUUAUUUGGAUAUUCAUAGCGUCGUCGUUGUUGUUGUUUUUUCACUGCAACAAAAAAUGACAACUCAUAAGUCUAUUCAAAGACACCGUGUGUGUUCCGUGAUGAACCAAACCGAACUGUUCAGGUGUUGAAUGAGUAAACAGUACAUAAUUCUGGUCUUCUUUAUUAUUAUUAUUUCAUUAUUUUUCCCCCCCCCCAACGAGAACUCUACAAGGAGGCUUAAUGAAAUGGAUUGCUAGUCUCCAGCACUAUCUCCACGCUAAUAUUUUGUGUUCUGCGGUAUUGCAGAGCUGUAUUUUACGUUGUGGAUCCGACCACUGAGAAUCCACAGGAUUGUUGCUUGGAAUGUGGUUAUUAAUUUCUUCAUAUUUGUUUUUGUUGUCAAACUAAGAAUAUGGACACCUAACAGCUCAAAUUCAUAUUCCACAUUUGUGUUUGUUUGUUUGUUUUUAAGUUUAAAGAAGCAACUUGAAGUUCUCCCCCCAUCAUGAUAUAAGUGAAUGAUAUUUUAAUUGAAUUUCUUCAAAGAUGGGUCAUUUACUGUAUGUUAAUCGCAGGGGAAGUGUAAUCAUACCCCAGACUGCUUUUGUGAUUAUUAGACUACCCGAUAGUCAGCCUUCAUGUCCUUACUGUGUGAAUGUGAGAUAGUUUGCUGAUUUUUAUUCAUUUGUUUGUUUGUUUUUUAAUGUCAGUAAAAAUGAAACAUGCAGUGAAAUAUUUUGCCUGUUUGGACUAUUUCAUUUGCGUUCAUCCAGCCAUCCAUCUAUUCUACCUACAAUAUUUAAUUUUUUAUAUUGAGCGACCGAAAGGGUUAGAUUAACAGGAGUUUUGCAGACGAUUUUCAUCUAGCACUUUGUAUAACAAGUCCUUCUUGUUACUAAUUUGGAUACCGGAAAUACCCUUUAAAAUAUAUACGUCAAACAGGAAGGAAGUUAUUGAAGAAAAACCAUUUUAAACAUUGGACCUUGCAGUGACCUUGACUGAUCAAUUCCAAAAUCUAAUCAGUUAAUCUGCUGGUUAUGAUACUACAAACAUUCAACCACUCGUUCUUGAGAUAUUGCACUAACGAGAAU